UCGGCAAUCCCCUGAUCCGAGAAACCGAGGAAUUCUCAGUUUCGUGAGAUUUGAUUUCUGAGCUCGAACCCAAUUCAUGUCAGCCCUUAAAUUCACGGCAACGGCUUCGUCUGUCUACGCGCGCACAGCCAUACCCUCCUCCACUGGACCCAAAACAACCUCGUUGGCCCUUUUAUGGAGCCACAGAAAUUUUGCACACCAUCAUCGUCACCUACGUGGGUGGAGGAUAACACCGUGCGCAAAUUCCCCUUCCCCGGCGCACGAUAAGGCUCCUUUCUCUAUAACUCUAGGGCUACAGCUUGCGUUUUGGGUCCGCCACCUUAGAUCCCCGUCUUUUGCCCCUGUUCGUGCUCUGAGUUCGUCUUCUUUUGAGAAAUCGGGGGUUUCUGGGGGUGGGUCCGGCUCUGCAUCCAGGUCUGGGCUUGUGGUAGAGAUGGGAUCGGACUUGAAGGAUUGUGAUGGCUCGAAUAAUGAGGUACUUUUGCAGAAAGAUCGACCUCCUCCUCCUAUGCAGGAUUCGGAGCAGCAAUCCAAAGUGCUUACAUUGCCUACUAUAUUGACUCUAGGGCGUGUAGCUGCCGUGCCGAUUCUUAUUGCCACCUUUUAUAUGGAUGGUUGGCGGGGAACAGCUACUACCACAGGUAUAUUCAUCGCUGCAGCAGUUACUGAUUGGCUUGACGGAUAUCUUGCUCGGAAGAUGAAAUUAAAAUCAACGUUUGGUGCAUUUUUAGAUCCGGUGGCUGACAAGCUCAUGGUUGCUACAACAUUGGUCUUAUUAUGUACCAGACCAUUGGAAGUUGCCAAUUUUGGACAAGCCCCAUGGCUACUGACUAUACCUUCAGUUGUCAUAAUUGGUAGGGAGAUAACCAUGUCUGCGGUCAGGGAAUGGGCUGCAUCCCAGGAUAGUAAGCUUUUAGAGGCUGUUGCUGUAAAUAGCCUGGGGAAAUGGAAAACAGCCACACAAAUGACAGCAUUAACAAUCCUCCUUGCGACCCGGGACAGCAGCCAUGGAGGGCCUGCCAUUUUAGCAGGAUCUGGUGUUGUUUUGCUUUAUAUCUCAGCAUGGCUUGCUUUGUGGUCAUUGAUAGUAUAUAUGAGGAAAAUAGGGAAGGUAUUACUGAAGUAGAAGCUUCUUCCAUAGUCUGGCUUUAUGAUAGGGCCAUGUCUUAUUACAUAAUCUCCAUAAUUAAUGUCAUCGCGGAUGGGGCUGCAUUCUUUUGGUAUGUGGCAGAGGAAUAUGUAUAUUUUCAUUAACAUAGAAUUUUCUUUCAUUUUUGGAAAAUUUUUCUCAACUCUUGGUCUUUAGUCAUGUAUGGAGGAAAAGCCUUAGCAAAAGUAAAAUUCUUUGGUGAA